AUGAGAAAGACAUUGGUACUUGACCUUGACAAUACUCUUGUUGCAUCAUUUUCAACAAGUAAAGCACAAUUACUAGGAUCUUGUGAUUAUGUUGUGUCAAUACCAAGAGAAAAAUAUCAUGACACAAUCACAAUAGCUGUCUUUAAGAGACCACAUUUAGAAGAGUUUUUAGAUGUUGCUUGUAGUUUAUUUGAUGUUUGGAUUUUUACAGCUUCCGAUAAAUCAUAUGCUCAACCUGUUUGUGAAAAUUUACUGAACAGUAAGGAAAGAUUUAAAGGAUGUCUAUUUAGAGAUUCACUGGUAAAAGGAGGAAAGGACUUGUCGAUAUUUAAUGUAAAUAUGGAUCAAAUAAUGAUUAUAGACGAUGAUGAAUUUAAUUUUCAAAAUAAUCCAAAAAAUGGUGUUACCAUUAAUUCAUUUGGAUUUGAUACUAUUACAAUACAGAAAGAGUUAAGAUUGGAUCAUGAGCUCAGAGAUUUUAUCCCUCUUCUGAAAUCUGUUGCAGACUCUCCAACUGUAUUUGAACCAAUAUUACAAUAUAAGCAAUUCCACUCGAGCAAUUUCCAAAAUUGUGACAUUUCCCCAUUAACAUCCUCUUCCUCUAAUACACCAGCUGUCACAUCUUUCCAUGCAUUUUCACCUUUCGAUGAUAUGAAUGAUGAAAAAUCCCCAAACUCUGCAACUUCAGCAAGUUCUGACAUUUUAAUUUAA